AUGACGGAUCUUGAGCACCAUCACACGGUUUCACCUUUCGUUAGACACAUGUUUACCGCUUAUGGCACUGGAAGGCUCGGUAUUCUGUUUCAUUGUCGAGAGUACCCCGAGUAUGACAAGAACAGCUUUGCCUUGAACCUCGGCUAUUGCCAAACGGGAUCAUUCGUUCCUUACGACAGCAGCAUGAACUUAAGAAACAUUAUCUGGCUUGCGCCAAUGCCGUCGUGUACCAGCCACAAAUGCUCGACUAAAUGGCUCGCACCAGGUGCGCUCUUCAUCUUGGAUGCCAAGCCUGGUGGCGUUGUGUUUAAGGAGCUCGUUUUGGAAUGGGUUGAUGUGGUCAGAACCAUCUACGAGAGCGAUUUUGGGAGAACUGUGAUUGAUGUUAAUUAUUUCAACGUGGAGGGUUGUCAAAUCUUCCUCACAUAGUUGUAUUGCCAUGAGCAUUGAUGCCGAUUU